GGCGACGCGAUCUCGACCCGUCAGGAUCGCGCGGCGGACUCGAACGCGACGUCAUGCCCGGGGUCAUGCCGUUGGUCUCCGUGCAGUCUCCGACAGCGGUCUCCGCGGCGAAUUGAGAAAUCGAGGAGGGAGAAAGAGAGAGAGAGAGAAAGAAGAAAAUUCCACGCGAUCGCGAAGUGCCUCGACGGUCGAGAGGAUGAUGACACGAUUCCGCCGUGAGAGAAAAUCUCGCGCCUCGCACGACGAUAGUCAGCGUGGCCGUCAUCAGAGUGUAGAUUGAGAGAUACGUAUUGCACGACGAGAGGGAAAGAAGUGGUGAAGUGCCGUGAAUUCACCGACGGUGGUUCCAGAUCGACGAGAGGGUUCCGCACGCGAGUAAGAUCCUGGAUCGCGCCGGACCGGCGCGAGGUGGCCGGUAGGAGGGAAAAAAGGAGGACGAAGGGAGGACGAUGCCGUCGGUAUGGCAGGAGACUCAGCUGAUGCUUCCUUGCUAACGAGCGCCAUCGAAGAGGACCCGACAGAGAGCCCGAAUCUGGAGUGUCCGGAUCGAUCGGAGAUCCAUCCCUACCAUCAACCCCGUAUCGAUGAUGAUUCGAGAAAGCGCGGGAAGGAUCAAAAUGCCGUGCUACUGCCGGAUUUUGACGACAUUAUCGAUUACAUCGAUUGUUGCAGUUCCUUUCAGAACUGGUUAUCGAGGAUUUUCAAUUGGUUCCCGAAGAUGUGCUCCUGCAUCGACGGCAACUCUACGCUGCCGAACAAUCGAGCAGUCGGUCGGACUGCAAGUUACGAACGGCUCGGUUCCGAUCUCACAAUCUUCGAACUUAGUAGCAGCCCGAUACGAAGGAGUCGAAGAGGAAAUCAGGAUGUGAUCGACAGUGAAAGACAGGAAGAAUUGCGAUUCUAUAACAAUGACCAUUCUUUUACCACUGUGGUUGUGGAGAAGGAUCUGCGAACGAUCGAUUUAUGCGAGUUGCUCAAAGUCAAGAGGAACGUGAUCGGCACUGCCUGGUCGAUAAUCGAGAUCUGGCCGAAAUUGGGUAUCGAACGUACAUUAGAAGACCAUGAAGACAUUCUUGCUGUUCAUAGAGAACUGGAGAUGUUCGCCUCGCGCUAUGAGAGGAGGUUUUAUUUCAGUGAAGAUUUCCUGAAAUACGAACCAUUCGUCGAUCCUAAGCAAUUCUUUCCUGCCGAUAUGGUCGCGUUUCCUAGCGGGGAGGACAGGAAUACAUUUACCGAUGCUGAGAGCGCGCUAAGGAAUUAUCUGUUACGGGAGGACGGUGAGUGCCCGCAGGUAUUCAGUAUGGUGUGGAUGCGACACGUGAACUCGAACGGUUGGAGGAAGAUGUAUAUGUUGCUUCAAGGUCGGAAACUGUACACGACGAAAAAGACCAUCGCGACGCUACCGAAACGGCCUCUGGACAGCGAACAUCUAAUCACGCUCGCGCACUUGUCAGACUAUAACAUCUACAGAAUACCGAACGCCAAGCGAGUUUUCGGCGCACCCUUCGAGUGGGGCGUCUGCCUGAGGCCGAACAGCAACGCCGAGGCCGAGGACACGGAGGCUGGGGAGCCCGGGAUCAAGGUCAUUGCUUUCGAAAACGAAAAAUCGCGCGCCUGCUGGCUCACAGCCAUGAGACUCGCUAAGUACGGCAAACAGCUCCGAGAGAAUUACCGAGCCUUCAAGAACAAGCAGUGCGAGCAGAACGGCAGCGGCAGCCCCAAAGAACAGUACAGCAGCUAUAAUGUGUCCAACGAGUCGAUACGAUCCCGCGUGGCGAUGGAUUUUACCGGUAGUGUGGGCAGGAUAGUCGAGGAUCCCAAGGAAGCUAAGGACAUAGCCGAAAACGAGGGUAUGAUUUGGCGACGGAGAUGGCGACCAUUCUCGCGUACACCACCGGGUUGCGCUAUGAUGAGGCUGCACGGUCUCGACGGUGGCAUACAUGUUCUUCAACCUUGGUUCCACGGCGGUCUCAAGAGGGAUGUCGCGGCGGCCAUUAUAAGGGAUCACGGUAGUGUCGACGGCGUGUUUCUGGUCAGAGAGAGCAAGAGCAAUCCGGGAGCCUUUGUUCUGACCUACAAGUACAACGACAAGGUCUUUCAUGCGCAAAUUCAGCCCAUUUUUGACGAACGUCGCAACUGCUGGUUAUAUACUCUCGACAAGGGGGCGACCAAAUUCUACGACUUGCUACAGCUGGUCGAGUUUUAUCAGCUGAACGCGGGCUCGCUGCCCACCCGGUUGACCCACUACGUGCAAAACGGGGUGAAGCCGCCGCUGCACAAGCCAGAGGACGGCGGUGCCUCGCCGUCACCGCCUGAGGGCAGCAGCCAGCGAGUCAACAGCACCGACAAGGUCGCCGAGCCAUGCGGCAAACCGAGCAGCAUUUGAGUAUAGGACAGCCAGCGACCCGUCAAUGUUGUUGACGGCGAUCGUCUGCCGACCGUUUGCGUCACCACCAACGGACCCCUCGUCCCCGUCACCGACAACAUCGUGAUGGUGCAUCGUAGCAGUAACAACAACAACAAGCACCUGGGGAACGAUAACAAUGGUAGUAGUGACGACAACGGAAACCGCGACGACGUCCACGCGACACGGUCGGGUUGCUGGAGCCUAUGUUGUCUUUGCAGUUAUAACAAAUGGGAUUUGUAGCGCGAUCGGAAUAGUAGCAGGGCGAUAUUCGAGCACGCAUGAAAAGGAAGACGGUUGUCUUGUCGCGAAGACAGACAGGAUGAGAAAGAAAAAGAGAGAGAGAAAGGGAGAGGCGGUGCGGCUUGAGCAUCACCCUCGGAUCGCGAUUUGUUUUAAUAAGCAGCGCAGCGUGUAUGUAACGUCAUUGGGUCGGCUGACCCCGUGCAAAAGAAUGACCAAUUUUUGGGCGCGAGAUAAUAACAAAGAAAAUAUGAUCGCCGCGAAAAGCGUGGGAUCGCUGUGGUAUAAGAAGUUUUAUUUUUAUUUUGAUUUUUCACGUUCAUUCUGUUGUUCUAUUCACGCGGAUAAUGUCCAGAGUAGCGCGGUGCUGAUAUCCGCCGACAGCGAUCCUCACACGGAAACGAAAAACCUCUUCGAUGUUUUUAAUCGUACAUUACUGUGUUAGUCGUCGUGUAAUAAAGGAUCCAUCUUGUCGUCUAGACUUUCCCAAAGACCUUUUUCCCUUUUCGUUUCCCUUUCACUUAAGAUUUUCAGCGAUAAACGCGUCUAGACGAUCAAAGAAGUAUCACGUAUUCGUUUUUCCCAUUUUUUUUUUCCAUUUUCUACAUGUCCACGUUUGCACAAACAUGGCGCGUAUGACUAGAUUAUUAAUCGCGCGCGACGACAUCGUCGCUCGUAAAGUUAUUCCGUAAGAAGAAGGGAAAAGCGCUAUUGCGCGCACGUGUAUGUAUGCAUAAUGAUGCGCGAUGUGCAUUAUUUGUAUGCGAGAGAAAGAAAGUGGAUAGGUAAGUGUUGUCGCGGAGUACGAUAUAGUUGGUAUUAUAUCGUAAUGAAUUAGCAAUAUAAGAGGAAUACAAAGUUUGAUCUUUCCACGUAUGCAUGUCAUGAGUGCGCGUGUGUGUGGGCAUGUGAGAGAGAGAGAGAGAGAGAGAGAGAGAAAGAUGCUAUAGAAGUGACACGUGAUCUUCUCAUCUUCCAUUCUUUUUUUUUUGUUUUUUCUUUGACGCGCAUCGUGCGUAUCGAGCGUCUCUUCUGUUUAUUCGUUUCCCCGAAGAGAAUGCGCGACAGAGUCAAUCGUGCGAGUGGCUACCACACGACUUUGUCGCCUGACGACGACGACGACGACGACGAGUUUAAACGACGAAAGAGAAAAAUCGGCCAAAAUAAGGGAGAGGAGAGAGGUAUGAAGCGUCCGCGUAUUCCGUUCAUUAGCUGUAAGGCUGUGUCAGACAAGAUUACUUGACAACAAUAGUGUUGAGAUUCAUGGUUCCCGAGUCCAAGGUGUUCAAAAUUAAACGAGACAAGAGGAAAGACAUAUGUUUUUUCGUAGAGGUGUCUUGCGUCUUGUUUGCAAAAUUUUUAUUACAAUUCGCGAAAAACCGAAACGCGACGCGAAUCCUCCCCGCGAUACGAAGUUAGGGGAGGAGCAGCAUACACAUAUAACAUUAAUGAAUCUAAGAAAUACAAUACGAUUAGUAUAAGGAUCCUCAACGUUGAGGGCCGAGGAACACGCUCGCGGAUUCUUGUGGUACUGCAACGCGCGCCAAAAGAUAUGGAAGCGUGUCCCUUGGCAGAUAUGAUCUCAUAUUUUACAGAUGUUUCAGUUGCGUGAGGCAUUUGUUGGUUAAUAUGAAUUCGGAGAGGUUCAAUUAAUUAUUACAUAAAACUACUAAGAACGCGUAACAUUUUGAAAUAAGAGAACGAAAGAGAAUGAAUGAGAUAGAGUGUGAAACAAAACGAUGUGUAUGUACAAUGUGUAUGAAGAGAAGAAUGAGAAAGAAGUUGUGCGAGGACGAGAUUGGUCACGCGAUAAAACACAAGAGAGAAAGAGAGAGAGAGAGAGAGGUAUAUUUAAAUACAAAAAAAUACAUACAUAUGUAUAUGCAUGUUCUAAAUUAUGCAAUUUAAUUUUGUAUUCGGGAUAUAUAUAUAUAUUACUAUCGAUCGCGGAAAAAAUCGAUGGUGCGAAGUUCGUGGGUGUAGCGUCACCGGAUGCGAACGUUGUCGUGCAUUCUAGAGAUUUAUAAUACAAAAGUUUUUAACGUAAUGUUUUUUCGAAUAAUAAUAUGUGAAAGUCACAUAAGAUAUAAAAGCGAAUCGGUAGAAGCUGUGGAGUGUGCAGGGUAUGGACGCGAUAGAAAUUAUUUACGCAUUGUAUUACGAUUCGUCACGAAAGGAACAGUACCAAGCCCUUGCCCCUUAUAUUCGUACCUACUUUUUAAUAAUAUAUUUUUUCAUCGAUUAUAUAUUUAUUUAAUAUCGAACGUAGCGCCUACGCGUCGUCUCUUCAAAUGGUACUUUUUGAGUAAUUCGAAGAAGUG